CUGUAUUAAAGUACACCAUACCUAUUUGACUCUACCGAUUAGACAGUGUUGCGGAAUAAUAGUUGAUAAGACUCGUUUUUUACGGAUAAAGUGGUGGCUGACUGGGUCACGUGAUGUACAUUAGGGCUUACUUGGUAAAGAUGGUGGCAGUUGGGUAGACAGUGGCGAGUAGAAAGAGCAGUGGGUUGAAGAGUAUUGCAUGGAGGAGAAAAAAAGUUGUUUAUUGGACAGGGAGAAUGCAUUUCCUAUUCAGUUCAAGUUUUGUCUCUCCUGUAUACAAGUCCCAUAAAGUCUUGCACUUGUCACAAGUCUGCCUGAAGAAAACUGGGCCUUGCUCCUUAAACUGCUAAAAUAGAAAAGAAACCUUUAUGAGAAGCUUGAAGACCUUUAGAGAGCCUUACGGAGGAGAGGAAUAAAAUCUUAACAAUGAAUGGGGUAUGCAAAGGGAGUUUAGGCAUGAGCAGCUUUAACCUUGAGGACUGAGGAGCAGUUGGAGAAAUUUCUGACUUGAAAUGACUUGUACGAUGGGGUAUCCGCAGCAGUUGCCACAGGGUAUGUAAUGAGAAGAUUGUCUGAAUAAAAUCUCAGAAUUUGCCAGAUGUCGACCUGAAAUUUUGAAUGCUCUUCUGGAUAAAGUUUGCUGAGUUAUCUGGGAGAUUCAUGAUGGAAUACGGAAGCACAAACUCUCCAUGGCAGGAGUAUUUUCAGGAGAAUAUAUUCCAUUGCAAACCCAGCUUGUACGCCUCCAUUUUGAGACCUUUAAAGCUUUCUGCUUGGACUGCUCCACCUCAGCAAGAAAAUACUGUUUUACAUCAUGAAAUACCAUAUCAUGGUAAAGUGCAUUUAAGUGAAACCCAGACUAAGGAAGGAGAAAAACAAAAACCAAUUCGAAGCAAUACUGAAGCACGUCCAGUUAAAUCUGACCUAAAGAGGAAGGAAGGUGGAUAUCCUGCUACAGAUGCUUUCUACAACACUAACCAGUUUCUGUAUGAAGCUACUUUAAAUGGGGAGCUGCCAGAUGGCAGAGCAAGUGCAAAAACAGAAGGCCAGAGGAAGCUUAAAGGAAAAAGAUCAGCACGCAAGAUCAGCGAACACAGAGGUGUUAAGAGUAGAAAAGUUACUGACUAUUUUCCGGUCAGAAGAAGUUCAAGAAAAUGCAAAGCUGAAUUGAUGUACGAGGAGAAGAAACAAAUUGAUGAACUAAUCAUUAGUGGAAAGGAAGAAGGUUUGAAGGUGGAUUACAUUGAUGGCAAAGGUAGAGGAGUCCUGGCCACUAGGUGCUUUUGUCGAGGGGAAUAUAUAGUGGAGUACCAUGGAGACCUCAUUGAGUUUUGGGAUGCCAAGAGAAGGGAAGCUUUGUAUGCUCAAGAUCCGUCAACAGGCUGCUAUAUGUAUUACUUUCAUUACUUGGGUAAAACAUAUUGUGUGGAUGCAACUAAAGAGACUCAUCGUCUUGGUAGACUGAUUAAUCAUAGCAAAAAUGGAAACUGCCAUACAAAACUUCAUGAUAUCAGUGGAGUACCUCAUCUUAUUUUGGUUGCUUCUCGUGAUAUUGAAGCAGGGGAAGAGCUGCUCUAUGAUUAUGGUGACAGAAGCAAAGCCUCACUCGAGGCUCAUCCAUGGUUAAAACACUGAUCCUUCCAUUGUUGAACUAAAUAUACUUGAAAACAUUUUACAGCUUCUGAAGUGGACUACUGUUUUUAAUCAGAUUUUCAGCUGUAAGCUUAUGAACAGAUUUCUGUGCACGAUUGUCUUGGAUCUGAUAACAUGCGGUCAUGGUUUUAUUUUCCAAUCACAUGUAUAUUUGUAUAUAGACCAAAAUUUAUUAGGCAUGCAAUCAUGACACAGAUACCUGUGUUUUUUUAUAUGAAAACUAUGUAUUUCACAUUGGCAGACCGGUUUAGCAUGUAUGCACAACCAUAAUGUAUAUAAUAUAUAAAUAUAUAUUUGUAUGUAAGCAGUUUGGUACUACAGCUUUUUAGAAAAAAAAUUGAAAUGCUAGAUGUGCCUGUAUUUCCCUAACCAGAACUGGAAGUGUUGACUAUCAAACUAUAAAUUAUCUGUUAAGCCAUUUGCAGUAAUUAGACUGAAAAUACUGUUUUAAUAGACUGAAAAAAAAGCUUCUGUAUAUCUGUAAAAUAAAAGUCUAUUUUCAGA